AAUGACAAACAUCUCUCAGCAAACAACUAAAACAAAAGCUUUGGCAAUUUUUGUCUAUGUACAUAUACACACACACACAAUCUCCCCUCGAAUGAUCUAGUAAAAUCCUUAGGAAACAUUGAACGGCCAGGAUCUUACAUCUCCCAUCCCUUAUCUAGAUCGGGAUCUUCAGGGCCCCAUCCCAGCCGUAGAAUCAACGUCCCAUCCUUCUCUAUAAAUAUAUAUAUUCUCUUCCACCUGAACAAUUAAUUGGCAUCGAUCUUUUUGUUUUUCAUUUUUUCAUAUCUCCGGCGGAGAAGGAAUUAGUAAAAAUGUUGUUCUGCAAGGAGGAGAAGGAAUUGGGUCGGCGGCAGGCGACGGGCACGUGCCCGUCAUGUGGGGGCAAAGUUCAAGCUGUGGAUGUGGAGAGAAAAUGGAGGCUCUGUUUUGUUCCACUCUGUUUCAAAAUCAAGAGGAAAUAUUACUGUCUAAUUUGUGGUCGUCGUUUGGAGUUGUAUCAUUAGUUUUUUUUUUCUCAUUCAUUGUUAUUGUGGGGUGAGAAUUGAACUUCUAACCACUCGAUCUUGAUAAUAUAAAUCUUAUUGCUAUUGGAACUUUAACAUCUGAUCUACUGAUAAUUAAGCAGGAACUUUUAUUUUGGUUUGAGAUAUGAUAAAGGGUUUCAAGGUAUGUGAUUUAUUAUUA